AUGGUGUCACCCAGCAUGAUGUCUCUUGUCAAGUCAAAGAAAAUAGGUAUCACAGAUGGCCAAAAUAUAACGAAUAAUGGACCUUUAUGUUUGGAUCAGAUUAUGAAUAGCUUUGAUGACGAAAGCAUCGGGAAAGAAAAUCUGAAACAUGUGGUUCAGGAACUUCGACGUCAUCUUAUUAGAUGUCUGGAAAUACAUGUAGCUCCAGAUGAUAACGUGUGGGGGACAUUUCUUCUUAUCAUGUCAAAAUUGGCGUCCAUUCAACUGUCAUUGUUGAAGAAUGCCGAAGAUAUGACAGACAUCAUUAAUGUCUUAAAGAGGGAAAAAUUCAGGAAAUGCCACUUUCGGGCUUAUUCCUGUCUAAUGAAAACUGUUAGACAAAUUGAUUUUCGUUAUUCCAGAGGUGUUGGCCCGCUUUACAAUAAAAUUGUAAAGUUAGACAAGCAGUACAGAGAAAGUGUAAAGGUUCAAAUUACAUCCCAGGAGGAAAAGAAUCAAAUGACAGGGGACGGCGAUGAAAGAAUAUCAUUCACUGCCAGUCCUGCUGUUACUGACAUAGAAGAUGCCAUUAGCUCAGGGGAGGACGACGACGAUAACGACGUCUUCUGUCCUUACGCAUCUGCUCAUUUUCUUGGAAUGAUAGAGGCAAAUGGACGCUACAUCUACGGCAACAAAAUGUACGAGCGCGUUUCAUUGGGAUCUACAAACUGCGGCGGAUUUAAAAGGUCCAUUAACAAACGGAUAAGAAGCAUAACCAUAUAGAGCACGCGGUGUUUCCAUGAGGUCAAAACGUUGCUUAGAGAAACAAUGACAUAGUUUGGGAGAAGAUAUAAUUAGUAUAGUAUAGUAAUUGUUCCUGCUAAUUGUAAUCUAUAUCAUUCAUUUUGAGUGCGCCAAUUCACCAAUGCACCAAACUGUUUAAGUUUUAUAAUGCGCUAAAAUCUGUUUACAUGUUAUCAUAGUUUGAAAGAAAGUAGGUGAUCGCGUUUAACAAAAGCAUAGUAAGAUGGCAAAGUAUGAACCACAAUCUUGUUUUGGACAAAACAUUAAAAUGAAACUAAUUUAAUAUUAUACACGUUCUCUCAUAGACAAAUCAACCUAUUUCUUC